CACGUGGUACUUUUGGAGUCUUCGUGGCGUAGCUUGUUCAGCUGCUCGUCGAAGCGGCUGUCGGACGGUCGCCUCUCAACGAGUCUGCGUACGAUGUAGCGGCCAUUUUUGUUCUUAGUUCAUUACAGUGCGCAUUAUUUAAUGUAUUUAGACCAAUAUUUAGGCAAUUUUCACGAUGACUAUAAUAGUUUUUCUAAUAGAUACAUCAGCCUCUAUGAACCAAAGAGCUUAUUUGGGCGGACGCCCAACAUUGCUCGAUGUAGCCAAGGGCGCUGUGGAAACGUUCGUAAAGGUACGUCAACGUUCCCCUGAAAGCAGAGGUGACAGGUAUAUGCUUCUAACUUUCGAAGAGCCACCCGCGAACAUCAAGGCUGGAUGGAAGGAAAAUUUAGCAACAUUUAUUAAUGAGCUGAAAAACUUGCAAUGCCUAGGACUGACAACAAUGGGUGCUGCAUUAAAACAUGCAUUUGAUGUGUUGAACAUAAACCGCAUGCAGACGGGCAUAGACACAUAUGGCCAGGGCAGGUGCCCCUUCUACUUGGAGCCUUCAGUCAUUGUUGUUAUAACUGAUGGAGGGAAACUAUCAAGCAAUGCCGGCAUUCAAGAAGAAUUCAACUUACCGAUGAACUGCCCCAUACCUGGCUCGGAGCUGACUAGGGAGCCAUUCCGUUGGGAUCAGCGAUUGUUUUCAUUGGUACUUAGAUUGGCCGGUACCCCAGCAGUCGAGAGGGACUCGGGUCUCGUGCCAUCGGACACGUCGCCUAUUGAUGCCAUGUGUGAAGUUACUGGUGGUCGGUCCUACUGCAUCACGUCACACCGAAUGUUGAUGCAAUGCAUCGACAGCUUAGUCCAAAAGGUCCAAAGCGGCGUGGUGAUCAAUUUUGAGAAGAUCGGGCCGGAUCCCCCGACUAUCGACGGGGGGACCGUGAAAGAUGGGACUGAACCAGCAGAACCUGAGGUUCCUCAUGGGGAACAGGAGAAGGAAAUUGAAGGGGACAAUGAAAGGAAUGGGCGAUGGAACGGCGGGCCGUACCAAAGCAGCAUGACCACCAACCAAGGUCCGAGCGCACCGCAGGCGUGGCACUCCUGCCGCCGGCUCAUAUACGUGCCACGGACCGUUUCGCAGAAGGGCUUCGCUGUCGGCUUCUGGCCGAUCCCAGAGUCUUUCCGGCCCGACCCUAACGCUCCAACUUUGCCGCCGCGGUCAGCGCACCCCGCGGUGAAGUUCACGUGCUCGAGCCAGGAGCCGAUGGUGAUCGAUAACCUGCCGUUCGAUAAAUACGAACUCGAGCCAAGCCCGCUCACGCAGUUCAUUCUCGCCAGGAAACAACCUACCAUUUGCUGGCAGGUAUUCGUAGCAAACAGUAGUUGCAAGAACUCCGAAGUGACCCACCCGUUUGGCUACCUGAAGGCGUCAACGAAUCUCACGUGUGUGAAUUUGUUUGUGCUACCAUAUAACUAUCCGGUGCUGCUGCCGCUUCUCGAUGAUCUCUUUAAAGUUCAUCGGUGUAAGCCCACUCCGGAGUGGAAGUUGGCUUUCCAGCAGUAUACAGAUAGGAUGCCUUCAUAUUAUGUCACGCCAUUACGAAGAGCAUUGGCGAAGAUGGGUGCAUCGGCGCCGUUGGUCCAAAGUCUCAUCCCUGACACGCAGGACAACUCACUUAGCUUCUCCGUACUGAAUUACCUCAAAAGACUGAAAAACCAAGCUAAAAUAGAAUUUGAGAAGCUGUGUGCGGAUGUCAUUAAUAAGGCUUCUUCGAAUAAUAGUCAAAAGGUAGCUGAAAGCGUCCGCGUGAUGCCGCGCUCCCCGCUCAAGAAGGACCUGACGACGCAUCCGUGCCUCCAGGACAAGUUCUCGGCACUCCGCGAUCAGCUCAACGAAUUCGGCGGCUUCGUAGUCGGCCUAUCACGUGGACGGAACAAGAAUCAGGCGCACACCUAUAGAAACCCUUUUGAUAUACAGCGGAGGGAUCUGUUGGAUCAGGUGGUUCGAAUGCGCGCCAACUUUCUGCAGCCGGCGCUGGCGCACACGCGGCUGGUGGACGAGGACAGCCUGCACUCGAUGCCGGUGGCGCAGAUGGGCAACUACCAGGAGUACCUCAAGCGCAUGACGCCGCAGCUGCGGGAGAUCGAGACGCAGCCUGUGCGACAACACAUGUUCGGGAAUCCGUUCAAGAUAGAUAAGCGCAUGAUGGUGGACGAGGCGGACAUCGACGGUCUGGGCGGCGUGCGCGGCGCGGGCGGCGGCGGCGGCUCGGGCGGCAAGCGCGGCGCCGAGUCCCCGCGCGCCGCGCCGCCCAAGCGCAAGGCCGGCCCGCUGCCCCACGACUUUACCGCGCGCCGCCCCUCCUCCCCCGCGCUGCCGUGCCCCUCGCCCUUGCCCUCGCCCUCGCCCGCCUCCCUCACGCCCUCCCCCUCCCACUCCCCCUCGCCAUCCCCCGCGCCGGAGCCGGUGCGCCGCCCCGCCUCGCCGCUCGCGCCCGUGCCCGCCGACCUACCCUCCGGUCGCCCGCCUGAGGAGCCUCCUCACCUGGAGCCGGGCGGGCCGGGCGCGCUGCCGGCGCCGUGCGCGCCGCCGCCGGUGCUGCCCGCCGCCCCCGCCGCGCCCGGCGCCCCCGCCGCCCCCAGCGGCCCCGGCGCCCACAGCGCCCCCGGCGCCCCUGCCACCCCCGCCACCCCCGCCGCCCCUGCCGCGCCCCUCGCGCCGCCCAACCUGCCGCCCGUCGUGAAACCCUUCCUCAACGGAGACGCGUACACGACGAUGGGCGGCAAGCUGCCGCGCUCGCCGUCGCCCGAGGCGGCGCCGGUCUCGGUGUCGGCGUCGGCGUCGGUGUCGGUGUCGGUGUCGGUGUCGGCGGCGGCGGCGGCGCCCGCGCCCGCGCAUGACUCGCAGGAGCUGCAGAUCAACGCCAUCAUCCAGGGCAUCGCCGCCGGCACCAACACACUGACCCGCCCCAGGAAGCGGCCCCGGAAGAAGGUAGAGAAACCAUCCCCACCACCACCUGCGCCUACUCAACCGACUCGGAAAGAGCUUGCUGACAUCAGGAAACACAACCUCACCGUGAGAUCAGAAGUGUAUCGAGCCGUACGUCGGCCGGGUAGAGAUUUCGCGAAAUUGUUUGAACAUUUAAAACAAUUAAAAGGCAGUGUUGAUGUUAAAAAAGAACUAAUACGUGAAGUGAUAAAAGAAUCGUUAAGGUUUAAAAGAAAGGCUUUAGCAAAACUAUUGGAAGACUUUUUAGCCGGCCUAGAGAAAAACGGUAACAGUGCUUCGGUUAACAUGAAGAGAUUAUCAAAUUCCGUUUAUAGUAACUCCACUAACAACUACAGCUAGUGUUACGUGAAAUUGACGGACGUUCGGGACUUGGGAACACGCCGUAAUAAAACUGGAGCUAUAACGUGGGUACUUUAAACCCGGUUAUCGCUGACAAGAUAUCUAUCGACACCGGAUACCUGGUUAUCGGACAAUGUCGUCGUAUACCAUAAAUGUUUAGCCUUAACACUUUAUAGUGAUAUAAGCAACAGAACAAAACGCUUACACAGUGAGAAGUAAUAUAAUGUGAUACAAGCAAUAAUAUUUACUUAAAAUGUGUUCUUGUUUAAAAUCCUAAUGUUUAUACCAAACUUAAUACUUUAAGCGUUCUGUGGUCGUCAAAAUGUAUCAUUCUGAAUGUUCUGCAGGGCCGUAUUCUGUGACCUACUUAUUCAAUCUAUUUGAUAUUUAUAAAUACGUGAAUCUUGCUAUGACGCAAUCUGACGCAUAAGUGAAAUCGUGUCUCACGAAAAUAAUGAUAUUAUAGGUCUUAGAAUACAGGCUCUGGAUUAAAAUAUCCUCCGAUCUAAAGACCUCUAGUCCUCCUUUUCAUUUACCUAUUUAUUUUAUAAAAGGUAUCAGUGUUAACGACUAUGUAUAGUUGGGUCCCUACGACGACGUUUCCGCCUUUUACAUUUAAUAUCACUAAUAUACACUAAGUAACUCUCAGUACAUUGGAAGACUUGUCUUCCUAAUCUGAUCAGUAAUUGAAUUAUUACUUAAGGAUGAUGUCCAAAGCAUUUAUUUUAAUUAAUUGCAUUGAACUUCAUUUAAGACUUGUGUCUGUAUGAGUUUUGAUCAAAUUGGACGAAUUUUAUUGUCAUUUUGUGUUCACAAUACUAGUUGUAUUGAAAAGAAGCAAUAUGUAAGUUUAAAGCGUGAUUCAUUUGUAGAAUCAUUUAAAAUAAAUACCUUGCAAUGAGUACUUAAUUCGUUUCAUGAAUUUCCAACUCGAACUUAACUUCUAAGUACAUUUAAUGAGAUCCUCUUUUAUUGUGAAUUUUAAAGCACAAAAUGACACUAAAAUAGUGUUCAGAGAUUUGUAAAAAUAUUGUAUAUAAUAAAUAUAAUGUAUUAUACCAAUGAUAAUAUCUGUGUAGGAUGCUUCAAUGCAUUGGUCAAUUGUAAAGUGUAUAUAUCUUUUCUAAAUAAAUUAUAAUCCUUAUUGGAUUUUUA